GAUCUUUGAGUCCAUAUUUGUGGGCUGUAAUGGUUACAGGUUCAUGUAUAUAUAAACAAUCAGAUGAUAAUAGAAAGACCGUUAAUAACUAUAUCAUCUUUCAAUUAUGAGGACACUUUUGUUUAUUUCAGCGUGUUUGAUCUCAACCUGUUAUACUUAUACUUGCCGAGACAAUUAUGACAACUGCAAAUCAUUAGGAAAAGUGACUUGUGAAAACCCAACAGUUUUUACCUGGGUUUUCCACAAUUGUGCGUUGACGUGUGAUUUUUGUCAGUAUUAUAUUGAAGACAGAAUGACUUACCCAACAGUUGCACCAACGACAACAACAAAAGCAUUAUGCACGGACGUCUACGAUCGCUGUAGUGUGUAUAUAUCGGCCUGUGGUCAGUCCGGGUUUAUGAGAGAUUACUGCAAGAAAACAUGUGGCGAAUGUGACCCUCCUACCCCUACAGAGAUCGGAAAGUCAAUGGUUUUAGGCUGAACGACAGUACUUAACAUGUUUAACAUGCAUAUGAUAGAUUUGUGCAUUUUAUAUGUAUGUUAUUAUUAAAUCAUUGAGCGUUUAA